AUGGCGGAAAGACAACCCGUAAGAAAUGUGCCAAAUUUAAAUUUACAAGCCUUGCUACGCGAGGUUGAACGUUUAUUUGAUUGUAAGUUGGAGCCAAUACAAGAUCGACUUGAUCACGUGGAAGGGAGAGGCCGCCGAGGAAGGACUCCUCUAAGUCCACCUAGAAAUCGAAAUCGAAGACAAUCUCAAGAUAAUGAAGUUUCUGAACCGAGUGAGGCCAAGAGUGAACAAGGCUCCGACGUUAGUGAACGAAGGAGAGAUCCGGAAGCUUAUUUGGAAUGCGAAAAGAAAAUUGAAUUAGGGUUCGAAUGCCAUAAUUACUCCGAGGCAAAGAAGGUCAAGUUGGCGGCCAUUGAAUUUUCAGAUUAUGCUAUGAUAUGGUGGGACCAAUUUGUCAUGAGUCAAAGGCAAAAUGGUGAGCGUCCUAUCACCACUUGGGCCGAGAUGAAAGCCGUGAUGCGGCGAAGGUUUAUUCCUUCAUAUUAUCAUCGGGAGUUGUAUCAAAAGCUCCAAAAUCUCACCCAAUGGACCAAAAGUGUGGAGGAUUACUACAAAGAGAUGGAAAUAGCCAUGAUUCGUGCGGAUGUCCAAGAAGAUCGUGAUGCAACUAUGGCGUGA